AUGGGGCCAGUCUUCUACAAGAGCAACAGUGAAGGAGAAGACGACCCAAUGAUCCUUCGAUACCAGGCAGGAUAUGUUGUUUGCGCCGCAAUUGCAGUUCUCUAUUUUGUGGUGGUGCCCCUGGUCGGACUGAGCCUUUGCUGCUUCCAGAAAAACCGGCACUGCGGUGGACGGAUCAAGGCCUAUCGUCGCUCUCUGCUCUGCCAGCGGAACCUUCUCAUGGUCUCUCUUCUCCUCACCACCCUCGUCCUCCUGGGGUGUGUUAUCUGUGCUUUUGCUGCCAACCAGAAGGUGAAAGAGGAGAUGGACCCUGGUGCCCGAGAUGCACUCAACACCCUGAGGACUUUGAGGAGCCAUCUGAAUGGGAUCCCUCGAGGGCUUCGGCUGACGGUGGAACAGUUUAGAGUGCCCGAAAGGCAGAUUCUCGGUGACCUGAAUAAUAUUAGCUGGAGCAUUGGCAGCACCAUUCACUUCCUGCUGAAGGAAACCGUGUCUUCUGCUAUGGCUGCCAUUAAGGGCAGGGUGCAAGACCUAGAGAGCUCCCUGCACCACUUACAUGCGAUUCACAGGACCGUCCAGGCCUUGAUCCGGGACCAGGAUGAGCUGGCAUCAACCCUGCAGGACCAGAAGCAAAGCCUCACAUCUCUCCUGGAAGAGCCCCGUUGUACGUACUGCAUGGGGGCCCUCAGCAGAGCUCAGGAUUUGAAGCUGGGAGCUGACUUCCAAAAUGUGCCUUCUGUUGAAAGAGUUUUGAAAAAUUUGUAUGGGCUACCUCAGACGAAUUUCUCUGAAAUGAUUCAGAAAGCCAACAGCAGUUUCAAUGCAAUUCCACAGUUUACGGUAAUGAAAAUGGACAAAGUUGUUCAAGAGUUGAAGAAGGACAUUGAGAGAGUUGCCCAAAGAGUCCGGUACAUUGAAGAUGACUUCCCCAUCUCUGACCAGACCCGUCCCAUGAAGGAGGCCUUGGUGAAGGCAGAGAAUGUUAGCCGCCCUUUCCUGAAGGAGGUGAAGCGUUUUGAGACCUACAGGUGGAUUGCAGGUACAAUAGCAUGCACAAUUAUCCUGCUGAUAGUCUUCUGUAACGUUCUGGGCCUUUCCUUUGGCACUUACGGGUUGGUUGUGCGAGAUGAUCCCAGUGACUACGAGAGCCGGGCUGAAGCUGGAGCCAAAUUUCUCAUCACUGGUGUCACCUUCAGCUUCCUCUUCUCCUGGAUUCUGAUUCUCUUGGUCGCCGGCACCUUUCUGAUGGGGGGAAACAUCCAAACGUUAGUGUGCAAACCUUGGGCCAGUCAAGAGAUAUACACAUUUAUCGACACCCCUGGCAACCUCCCGCCUUCCGUGAAUGUCUCUCGAUAUCUUGGCUUAAAGCAGAAUCUCAACCUCACGUCGGCAUAUCAGCAGUGCAAGAACGGUGCAGGCCUCUGGGAAGUUCUGCAACUGAAGGACCAGUACAGCCUCAGCGAGCAUCUCAGCGUUGCCAAGGUAACAAGCCUCUCGCUGCAUCCUUGGUUCCCCCCUUUUGCAAAGCAAGCUCGAUCCCUCUGGGAUCCUUCAGAAGGAUCCCAGGAGACAAAAGCACACCAUCAGGAUCAGCCAUUUCUCUUGCAGAUGCGCAACCCUGUGGUGGGGAUCAAUGUAGAAGGACUGGCAGUAGAUCUUGAAAGGUUGAGUAACGUUCAGAGUGACAGGAUUCUGGCAGAACGAUUGGUGGAGGAAGCUCAGGAGCUCAGGAGAAUCCAGGAGCAGAUGGUCCUCCCAAUGGAGACCCUCGUGUACACAGCAGAGUUUCAGGAACGUCUCCGUGCCAUCAAUUUGCUGUUUGAAGACAUCAUUUUGUUGAGCGCAGGGGGCAGGCAGGACUUGGAGACCUUCAGAAAGAGCCAGGUGGACUUGAUCAACUACGCUGACUUCACGGCAGAGGCUCAAUUCAACAAUACCGAGUCCCAGAUCACCCUUGUGGAGGCCAUUCUCCCCUUACAGACAAAGAAGAUUCUGAGACAGGAGUUGGACUGCUUUGUAAGAAAAGAAUUGGGGUAUAUCUCCCAGUACCUGGACUGGAUGAGGACUUCGCUGACUAAGGAUGUGGCCUCCUGCCAGCCCUAUUCUACCGCUCUGGACAAUGGCCGAGUGAUCUUGUGCAAUCGCAUCAUGGAUCCUUGGAAUGCCUUUUGGUUCAGCCUGGGAGGAUGCACCUUCUUCCUUCUUCCUGGUAUGUUUCUCGCCCUCAAGAUGAUGAAGCAUUUUCGUCCAAUUCGGCACAAAUUAGUUUCUACUGGAUCAGAUGAAACAUUUCCCUUCCACAUCCCACGGGUCACGUCUCUGCGGCUGUAA